AUGGCAGGACAAGGUAUUUUAAUCAUUAUUAUUCCAAAUGAUUUAAAUAAUGAUGAACAAGAAAAAUCACUUGAUACAGGACAAAUUAAUCCAUCUAAUGUUGAACAUUCAAAAGAAUUUCCAUGUUCUGUAUGUAAUCUUUCAUUAGCAUCACGUUUACGUUACCAUAUUAGUCCAAAAUUAAAUUUAAUUGAUGCUAUUUGGAUACUUUCUGAAGAUCAUCAACAUUUUUUUAUAACUUGUUUUGCUGAAUUAGGUCAACAUUCAGAUUUUAUUCUUGAAGAAUUACGUUUAGCUGAAAUUGGAAUUCGUCAAGGUUCAAAAGUAUUUAUUCUUGCAUUAUCAUGUGCACUUGGAAUUCAAAAUCUUUCACCAUUAGCUCCAACAGUCGCCGAAGUAACUGAUGUAACGGACGAAAUAAAAAAUGUAGAUGAAUCUCAAAAAUUAGAAAAUACUGAUAAAGAAUUAAAUGAACGACUUGGAAUGAAUCAAAGUAGUUUUAAACGAAGUAUUCGUGCACGUUUAACUGUUUUACAAGUUGUUAAUGCAAUACGUGGACAGACAUUAUUUUCAUUUGAUUUUCUUCUCCUAACAAUACUUGCAUCAAUUAUUGCUUUAAUUGGUUUAUUAGAAGAUAAUUCUGUAAUACUUGUAGCUUCAAUGUUAGUAUCACCAUUAAUGGGGCCAAUAUUAGGAAUUGUUUUUGGUUUAUGUAUUGGUGAUUCAAAAUUAUGGAAAGUUGGAUUAAAAACAGAAGCAAUUGGAUUAUUUGUUGCGAUAUUAACAGGAUUUAUUGUUGGGCUUUGUACAACAUGGUCAGAAACAAAAUGGGGUUCAUCAACUUCAUUUCCAACAAAUGAAAUGCGUUCAAGAGGUGAUAUUCGUCGUUUAUGGGCUGGUGCUCUUGUUGCUUUACCGUCAGGAGCUGGUGCAGCUCUCAGUGUUCUCGCUGGUAAUGUUGGAAGUCUUGUUGGUGUAGCUAUUAGUGCAAGUCUUUUACCACCAGCUGUAAAUGCUGGUCUACUCGCAAGUUAUUCAUUAUUAUCGGCAUUAGUACCAUCUAUUGGAAAACAAUCAUCGAUAAUUCAAGUUCAUGAAAAAGUACAUGCACUAUCAACAAUUGCUAAAAAUUGUUCAAAUUUUAUUGGAAAUGAUUAUACACCUGUAUAUUCAUGUCGUAUGGCAACUGAUGCAGGUUUACUUAGUAUAUGUUCAUUUGUAUUAACAAUGACAAAUAUUGUUUGUAUUAUAGUUGUAGCAAUGAUUAUAUUACGAAUAAAAGAAGUUGUACCCAUUGUACGUGAUGAUGAAAUCGCGGAAUUUUGGCAUAAUGAUGUUCGUAUUGUACGUGGUCAAAAUAAAAAAAUACAUCAUCAUGAUGUUAGUGGCCUUUUUAAUUUGUGGAAAGAAAUAGCUGAUACUAAUCCAACAGUAUUGUCUAAUGAAGAAGUCAAUCCUAUUAUUGAAACUAAACAAUCGAAAGUUCCAUUGAAACAUCGGGAUAAAUCAGAUAUAAUUUUAAGACGUAAACUUAAAAAUUUACAAGAAUUUGCUAAUGCAUAUAAUUUAAAUCUAUCUAAUACUGAUGAUGUAUUAUUAUUAAAUAAGAAUGCACGUAAAAAUGUUGAACGUAUGGCUAAUGAUAUACUAGCAAGUAUAGAUGAAACAAAUCAAAUUAAUUUAGGUAGUUUUGUUGCACAAAUGAGUGGUUAUAAUCGUGUAUCUUUAACUCGUGUUCGUAUGCAAACCUUUUAUCAAGAAUUACUUGAUGUAAUGCCGCCAAAAUGGAAAGAAGUAUUUCAAGAAUGUCAAGAACAAUCAAGAUGA